GCUUAAUUUAGCGUUAUCUUGUUGGCUAACAUUAGUUUAAACUUUUGUCAGUAGUGAGUGUUCUGUUGGAGAGUCUCUUUACAUGUUAGCAACACACCUGACCGUUAAUAUGUUUGAAUUCAGCCGUUAUAUUUUUAUGUCACUGAAUGAGCUCAGGCUAACUUAACUGGAGAAGAAAUGUUGUGAUUAGCUGUUAGCAUGAUAGCCAGUAAGCUAAAAAUACAAUUUCUAAUUAAAAUAGACUUGUAAUGUUGUUAUUUGUGUAGCCGAAUGAUAACACUGUCUGUCGAAAAUGUAUCAGUGUUCUUUCGUGUAGUAUGGAGCGUCGAUUGUUUUGCCAUCUUCAAUUUAAUGGUAUAUUGAAUGGAGUUUAGUGUACAACUGUCAUCAGUGCCCAGUGAUGGAGGCUGUUGCUGUGAAACUACAUACCAGGAUUAUAGAUUCCCAAAAGGAAAAAAAUAUCAGAGCGUCUCUGAAAGCUGAAGUAGAGAGGAAAGUCAACAGGGAAGACAUUGUAAUUUUGGAUUCAUUAAACUACAUAAAAGGCUACCGUUACGAACUGUUCUGUCUCAUCAAACAUUCACAAACACCACACUGCCUGGUAUACUGUUUGACAUCAGAUGAAGUGAGUUCAACGUGGAAUACCAACAGAGAUGCUGCUGAGCAGUACACCCAGGACAUCUUUGAUGCAUUAGUGCUGAGAUUUGAAGCCCCAGACUCCAGAAACCGAUGGGACAGUCCUCUCUUCACCAUCCUGAAAGAUGACACGCUUCCAUAUGACGCCAUUUCUGACGCACUUUUCAAAAGAAAAGCACCCCCACCAAACCAGUCCACACAGAGUCAACCAUUGUCAUCUGCAAACUUCUUGUACGAGUUGGACAAGAUCACACAAGAUGUGUUAAUGGCAAUUUUUAACGCACAGAAGACAAGUGUUCCUGGGGAUCUGAUUCCAGUUCCAGGAGCUACAGAAAAGAUCGAGCUCACCAGGAGCAUCAACAUGGCGGAGCUGAGGAAAUUACGGCGCCAGUUCAUCAGCUACGCCAAGAUGCACCCAACAGAGAACACCGGACAGAUUUCCAACAUGUUUGUGCAGUAUUUAAAUAAGAGUCUUCACUGAAACUUUUAUAGCAUUGGUUUUAUUUUUUUAUUUUCUGUGACAAAUAAAUUUAUUUAAUUA